AUGUCAUCUACGAGUUCGCCGACCGCACCUGGGGGAAACAGUUCGGCUUCUGUGUCGACCACAGCCACCCCUAACUUGACAACCGCCUCUUCUACAUAUUCUACACAAAGUAGCUCGCCACGGACCACAGUCCUUCCGCCACCGACAUCCAGUCCAUUCAUCAUCACUGUAAGCGUGGCCGGUCGGAGAUUGCAAAGUCGAGGAAAUGAAUAUGUGACGAUCACAAAUAACUUUGCAUAUCUCAGCGCAGACCAGGACGUAGCUGUGGUCUUUCAGCUUACUCCUAACGGAUUCCUGGUCGGCGAAGGUGGUUAUUUGGGCACAGGCGCAUCCGCAGGAGUACAGCCACUACAAAAUACCAGUGUUCCAGACGGUGAAUCUAGAUGGAGUUUCCAAGGAGGACUUCUUGUAUACGGAGACUCGACUUUCUACACACUUCCAACUGGACAACUUGUGGUGGCGUUCGGUGAUAGUGUCCCUCCAUCUGAGGCUGGGGGUAUAUCGAUGACUCCAGAUUUUGUGGACGUCCCUGUUUCUUCAACGAUCUCGUCACCCAGUCCAACAUCGAGUUUCGUGUCCAAUCGAAACACGGAGGCACCGACAUCCACGACAUUAUUUUCGACGAUGAAGACUACCGAAACCAGCUCGGAGCUUCCGCAUGGGGAGAGUAGUGCAAUCAAUCCGAGUUCAACCUCGACGUCCCCGAAUGCAGGUCUCACUAGCUCAGUUUCAACAAACAUAAAGUCGAGUAUUGUAUCACAAACCUCGGCUUCGACAAGGACGACUUCACAGACACUCUCAUCCGAGCUGUCGUCAAUGUCUAGUACACUAGGCAUCACCACAUCAACACAGCCUCAGAGCUCGCACUUGACAUCGAUACAAGGUGGAACAGGCAUUACAACAGGUACGAAUUCAGUGCCAUCUUCAUCAGCUUACUCGAGCUCGACAUAUGUAACAGGUAUUUCUGUAACUACCAGCACAUCAAUUUCGAUGUUUUCGGCUCCCCGGUCCUCGAGCCCUACCAAGUCCUCUGUGGCGACCACAGUGCUAUUGAGUUCAACAUCCUCCGCCUCUCAUGUUCCCAGCGGGUUGAGCACAAGUACCAUCUAUGCAUCAAGUUCAACAUUCAUGAGUAUUCCCACUUCGUACACAUCUUCGGCAGUACCAUCCGUAUCCCUAUCCAUAAGCCAGACCACAAUAUCACCCAGCCACUCGAUUUCAUCCAUGAUUUCCUCGAGCAUGCCUUCGAAUCCCUCAUCUUCCUCCGCUUCGUCAGCUGUUAUUUCGAGCACCACUCGAUCCGUAUCACAAUCCUCAACAUCUACAGCUGUCGCCAUAUCCCCGACUACCAUGACAACGACAACCGUGGCAGUGACAGUGACAACAUCACGUAUAGUUGCGCCAACAUCAACAUGGUCAACACUGUUUCGCACCUCGACCUCCUCCGUAUCAUCCGCAACUCCGUCGUCUUCUCCUUACCCCUCCAAACGCGGAUUGGCGUAUACCAAUGUAACGACGCUCCAAUUCUACCCUCCUCCCGCACCGUACAUCUCCUGGUCGUACAACUACUACUCCCUACCCAAUGCCUCGGAUGACAUCGGUCUAUACCCAAGCGCACGAUUUCGGUAUAUCCCGCUUCUCUACAACGACGCCUCGUCUCUCACGUCUGUCUGGCCGGGUAACGUCAAUUACAGCAUCUCCCACUACGGCAGCGACGCCAUCUUUGGUUUCAACGAACCCGACGCGUGCUUCUCGGGCCAAUCUGCGUGCAUGAACCUCACGAGCGUGCUGAGCGGGUACCAGCGCUUCAUGCAGCCCUUUGCGGGUCGGGGUGUGAAGAUUGGUGCGCCGGCCAUCACCAACACGGGCGCGCCCGGCGGGUUGUACUAUCUGGGCCAGUUCCUGGGAAACGUCACGGCUCUCAACUUGACGGUCGACUUUAUCAAUCUGCAUUGGUACGCGAGUCCGUACAACAUUGAGUAUUUUAUGGAUUAUAUCACCAUGGCGUACAACACGACAGGUGGGGGGAGGUAUCCUGUUUGGGUCACCGAGUUUGGCAUGGACAAUGGAAAUUAUGAUCAGAGUGUUGUUGUUGAGUUUAUGAAAAAUGCUACAAAAUGGAUGGAUCAACAACCUUGGAUAGAAAGGUAUGCUUGGUUUGGUAAUUUCCCCAGCGCAAACGGUGUCACGGACAUGUUGUUGAAUGCUGAUGGGAGCGCGAGGGGCCCAUUGGGGAACGUAUGGUAUACUUAUAAUGGGACGGGCUGAGAAGUUUUUUUCACCAUCAGGUGGUGUGAGAGAGGCUACCUUGAUAACCUUGAUUCAAUUGGUGUUUGAUGAUGAGAUUGAG